AUGGAGCUAACCCCUGGACUAGGGAGUUUCCAUGUGCAGUCAUGGAAGAGAAGGGUGUGGCUUGGAACAUUUGAAACGGCGGAGGAAGCAGCGAGAGCCUACGACGAGGCGGCGGUUUUAAUGAGUGGCCGGAAUGCAAAAACAAAUUUUCCAGUGGCCACAAACCAUACUGGCAAAAAUGACAAUUCUACUCCUUCAUCUUCGACUGCUCUUUCAACCAUCCUUAGUGCGAAACUUCGCAAGUGCUGUAAAUACCCAUCUCCUUCUCUCACUUGCCUUAGGCUUGACACAGAGAAUUCUCAUAUUGGGGUGUGGCAAAAGCGAGCUGGUUCGCGUUCUGAUUCGAAUUGGGUCAUGACAGUGGAGUUGGAGAAGAAAGAUGAGCAAAGUCCAAAGGAGAAGCCGGCGACUGAGACGCCGGAAAAGGCUAUCGAACUGGAAAUAGGAGAAGAGAUGAAAGAAGAGGAGAGGAUUGCACUGCAAAUGAUUGAGGAACUUCUAAACAGGAAUUGA